GAGCAGGGCCGGCACAAUCUCCUCCUCCGAGGCCGAAGCAGAGAUUUAACCGGCCUGACGCGUGCUGGGCUGCGGGCGAGCCAGCGAUAAUCCGGCCCGCUCCGGCGCAUCUAGAAGGGAGUGGGAGGCCCCCUGGGCGCUGCGGAGAAGCUGGGUUGACCUCUGCGAGAGUGGGGAGGGUCUGCCUACCCUAGGGCACUGCCCCGGAGGAGCUGCCAUUCUGAAAAGAUAAAUUGCCUGUGUACAGCGCUUUACAGUGUGCUUUUCCAUCCCUUACCACCUGCGAGCUCCUCCACACUCAGAGCAGGAAUGGUUAUCCGCUUUUUGCACCCGGGGUAAGGUGGGAAGGUUGUGACUUAACUCACUCAUAAUCAGAACCAGCUGGAGGAAAGAAAGGCUUCUAGAAGAGAUAGACUUAAGCUGCGUCUUACAAAGUGAAUAUACUAACAGUGAAGAGGCAUUGCAAAUGUUGGGAACUGAGGCUUGAUAACGGGAAAGAUGAAGCUGGUUUAGAGAACCGAGCCUUUCAAGUCAGGUGCAGGUUAUUAGUGAAAUUGUUGAGGAAUAUGACUAAACGCUCACCUAGGCCAGGCUUACUAUACACAACUUGAACUGGUGUCAAGGAAAGUUUGCUACCAUUACAGGGACCUGGGACUACCGAAAAGUAAAAGCUAAUGUCUGCCUCACAAAAAAAUUUUUUGUUAAAUUUGUAUUUGCAAAUCCUCCAGUCAUCAAGUGAACCAGCACUGUGCUAGGUAAAUAAGGUAUGUGUGCAGCCCCUGCCCUAGUGAGGCUCAUAGACUGAUUUGGGGGACAGACAUGAGAACAGGCAAAUAGAUAUAAACACAGCUUCCUGGAGGGAGUGGUGUCCGCAGUGUUCUAAAGGACUACAAAGCAGUGUCCAGAGAAGUUGGAAGAACAAUAAAAUAGAAGCCUGCAGGGGGUUGAGAGAUUAUCUGCUGAGAGGACUGUUUUCUUCUUAGGUGAUCUCUUGGGAGUACUUGGCACUAUCAGUACAAUUACUACUUGGCAGUACUUGGCUUUCUUCUAAAACUCUCUUUCUUCCGACUUCGGGUUUUGCCUCCUCCUUUGUAGGGGUCUCCUCAUCUGCCCCUUUGGUGACCCUGGGCGUCUUCUGAUCGCACACAUUGUGCCUUGCUAGUCGCACCUUCUCCUGUGGCAUGAAGAACUUGCUGUAUGCUGACAACCAAAUCCCUGCAGCUCAGAUUUCUCACUGAGACUUAGACCCAUGUUCCCCCAGCUGCUUUCCUUCUCUUAUUUCAGGGUCUUUGCUACUGACUCUACCUGCAAUAUUCCCUCAAUAAGUGCAGCUCACCCAGCUGGUCCAUCUUUGGAAGCCUCCCUGCUGCAUCGGGCUCCAGGUCCUGGUUAUAUACCCCUCCCUUAUGCCCCUGGUCUUAACUCUCCUCCUACCAUGGUUAUAGUGUGCUCCUUUGCCCCACUCUCCCAGGAACUUGUAAACUCCGUGAGGUAAAAGAGUCACACUUGGGCCCCUGCAUACCAUAGCGUCUGACGGUACCUAGCAUAUGUUAGAUGUUCAAUACAUGUUAGAUGAGUCAGUAAAAGAAGGAAUGCUUACCAGUGUUCAGUGUUGCUGAGCAUACAAUUAAAAUAAGCACUGAAAAAUAUUGGCAUUAGCCACAAGGAAGUCAUUGGUUAAUGCUACGGGAUCAGUUUCAGCUGAGAUUGAUUACAUCAAACAAGUGGGAGGUGAAAGUAGGAACAGCCAGUGUUCAUGAGACCUUGAAAAGUGUAACUGUGAAGUGGCAAACGGAGCAGUUAGGUGGAAUGGAUGAGGUUUUGUGUUUCUGUGUUUUGUUAAUGCUAGGAAAUACCCAAGCACAUCUAAAGUUUCAUGGGAAGGAGGCUGCUAAGAGUUAGAAGCUGAAGACACAGAAAAGAGAGGGGAGCACUGAUGACCUGCGGUCCAAGAGGAAGCAGAAGGAGAUGGGAUUUGAUCCAGAGCACAAUGAAAGACAAGGAGAUUGUAACGUUAUCUGGAAGAGAAGCCGAGGGCAUUAUAGGCAGAAGGAACAGCUGAGGCAGAGGGCGGAAGAGUCCAGAUGCCCAUCCAGCCUCCAAGCAAAGACACAGAAGAGAUGGAAGCAGAGGGUGAUUCUGCCGCUGAGAUGAAUGGGGAGGAGGAAGAGAGCGAGGAGGAGCGGAGCGGCAGCCAGACAGAGUCAGAAGAGGAGAGCUCUGAGAUGGAUGAUGAGGACUAUGAGCGACGCCGCAGCGAGUGUGUCAGUGAGAUGCUGGACCUAGAGAAGCAGUUCUCGGAGCUAAAGGAGAAGUUGUUCAGGGAACGACUGAGUCAGCUGCGGUUGCGGCUGGAGGAAGUGGGGGCUGAGAGAGCCCCUGAAUACACGGAGCCCCUUGGGGGGCUGCAGCGGAGCCUCAAGAUUCGCAUUCAGGUGGCAGGGAUCUACAAGGGCUUCUGUCUGGAUGUGAUCAGGAAUAAGUAUGAAUGUGAGCUGCAGGGAGCCAAACAGCACCUGGAGAGUGAGAAGCUGCUGCUCUAUGACACGCUGCAGGGGGAGCUGCAGGAGCGGAUCCAGAGGCUGGAGGAGGACCGCCAGAACCUGGACCUCAGCUCUGAAUGGUGGGACGACAAACUGCACGCCAGAGGCAGCUCCAGGUCUUGGGACUCCCUGCCACCCAGCAAGAGGAAGAAGGCACCUCUGGUUUCUGGCCCAUACAUCGUGUACAUGCUUCAAGAGAUCGACAUCCUGGAGGACUGGACGGCCAUCAAAAAGGCUAGGGCAGCUGUGUCCCCUCGGAAGAGAAAAUCGGAUGGACCUUGACCCUGCUGUUCACAGCCACAGGGACCCUCAGAGCAGGUGGCACCGCACCCAGGAUUCUCAUCCUCCUGCAGACAGGCGGACCCACAGGCCCCUCAGGGUCUGCCCAGCCAGGCUCCUGUGGUGCUGCUGGGCCCUCCCACUCCAGCUGGCACUGGCCUGGACUCCUCCUCUGCCCUCCUUGAGGCCUGCACAGCUGUGGCCAUGUUGCUGACCUGGCCAGGCAAGGCUGCUGUCUCCAUCCCUGAGCUGCCUGCCACCUCCCACUCCUGAAGAUCCACCUCUUGGGGCUCCCCUGACAGAGAAGACAGCCGAAGUCGAAGCCACAUCCUCUUGCUGACCUUGGAUGCAGGCUUUCCGGCCUCAGGGCCAGGGAGCCAGUUUCCACUGUGCAGGAACUCUUGAGUCAGACGUGGGAUGGGGGUCUGUCCACCCUGGCUGGAGCUGGAGGCAAGAUGCCAGGCCCCCUAGGUUUUCUCAGGGCAGUUCUUGGUGUCUGCCUCUCAGAUUCCAAGGACUGGAAUUAAAACCUUUCCUGGG